AUGGAGCCGAAUCGCAAAAUGCUCAUUCUCUUAGGGGUAUGCAUCUUCAUUGUUGUGCUCUGUCUAAUUGUCAUCAUUCUUGUUUUCGGGUUCUCACACGAGUCACGGAAAUUUCGUGGGCUACUAUUUGUUAUCGCUGUCGUGCUACUCUUUCAAUGCCUCAUCGGCGACUUCUGCAAAUUCCUGGGUUAUUCCUGCUACUCCGCGUUGCGCAAGAGGCCAGCAGUACAAGAGGGACCGGAUGUGGGACGCUCUGCCACCACAAAUAACUAUGAUGAGGAUGCUUUGGUGCGCCUGCAGUUGGCCAGUCAUGAGGCAGCUAUGUAUGCUGCGCCGGCACAUUACAACGAGUCGCUAAAUCUCAAAUACAAACUGAUCAUUAACGAGUUACGGCUGUAUGGCAUAUAUUUUCUGUUCCUAAUGCUUUUGGUAGUUGGUUCACGUGAUUAUCUCGUGUAUUACAAUACGCGCACGAUGAGAACGGUAUUCGCAGAGACACGAUUGGGUGAUGUUGGCCUUCACUAUGUGACCAAUUUGGAUGGUGUCUAUAGGUACAUAGCAAGCGUAACAAUUGAAGCUUUCAAUCAGGGAAAAGAUUACAAUGACGAGGUGAUCUCGGAACCCGGUUGGAUAAAUUAUAAUAUAGCUAAACUGCUGAGUGUAGUGCGUCUGAGGCAGGUGCGACGUGAAGAUAAGUACAUCGGUCUGACCUCCCCACGUUUCGAUACCAGAAACUAUAUGCCACGCUGGGAGUUGCCCUUUGAGAGGUUACACUACAUCAGCAAGUAUGUACACACAUAUGGGCCAUGGUUGCAAGGAGAAUUAGAUUCGAAUUUAUUUACAACUCGAUAUCAUAAGGGCCACUUAUAUACAUAUGAAGGGAAUAACGGUUAUUUAACGUUUUUAUCACGUGACUUGAACAAUAGUUUAACAAUACUCCAAUAUCUACGGAAAUCCAAUUGGAUAGACGAGCGAACUGCUGGCAUCUUCGUCGACUUCACACUCUAUAAUGCCGACUCGAACAUUUUCAGCGUCUGCACGAUUUUCAUGGAGUUUACACCAUUCGGCGAUGUACUCCCACUUCUUGACGUAGAGAGUGUUAAGUUGCUGAUGAAUUUGGACAAUAUACCUGGAGUUAUGCUUACCAUAUUCCUGCUGUAUCUUUUCUCCUUUAUAUAUUUCACCAAGCAUUUGAUUUUGAAUCUGCUUUAUAAGACAAAGAUGUCCGCUUCGCCAUGGAAUGUAGUGGAUUGUGUGAUGGUGUGCUUGAAUGUCUUCAUAAUUAUUUUGAUUAUUGCACGCGAGGCUAAGGUGGCUUCGUUGAUGACGCGUUUCGAGAACUCGAUGAAGUUGGAGUUUGUGGAUUUCCGAGUGCCUGCAAAAAUGGAUCAUAUAGCUAAUCUGGCCAUUGGCUUUCUCAUUUCUCUGACCACUUUACGCCUUUGGAAGGUAUUUCAGUUUGCCAAACCAUUUCGUGUCUUUACACGCACACUCUAUCGCGCUCGUUAUGCAUUACUUACGCUAUUGGCGGUCAUCAUCAUUUGGUUAAUCGCUUUCGGUUUCAGUUCGUAUAUAAUUAACGGCAACGACACCAAACACUUCACGCACCUCACUGGGAGCUUCACUACUUCGAUGAGCUACUCAUUUGGCUUUAGCAAAAGUAUUAGUCCGGAUGAACUUACCUUUGGUGGUUUGACACUCGGUUUCAUUUUGUAUGCGCUUUUAAUGUUCGUAAUUGCCAUUGUUUUACUGAAUCUGUUCAUUACUUUGAUCUGCGACUAUUUUUCGGAGAACAAAAUUACUUUGGAUGAUGAGGAGGCGAAUGAAUUGAGCUUUUAUGAGUUUCUUAAAGUCGAAUUUGGCGACUGGGGUCGUUGGUGUAAACGUACAUGUUGUUUUUGUUGUAGGAAGCGUGUUUAUGAUCCGGAGAAGGGCGACGUUAAGGAACAAAUUGAGAAAUCUGUGGACGAUGCUGAGAAAAAGGCAGGGAAACGCAAGAUGACAGAUCGAGAAGAAGAAGGUCCAUCAUAUGGACCGCAAUUGCGCGAUCUCAGUCAAGUGCGUGCAAUGGCGCGCAAAUUUAAUGCCCAGAUUGCACUACUGCGGCGCCAUCAACGUUGGCGUCAACGGUAUAACCGUUAAGUAUAACUUGAUGUGUUUAAUAAAUAAUCGAAUGAAUGAAUGAAUAAAUGUUGAAGGCAUUUAUGCCU